AUGGCUGGCGGCUCACUGAAACAAGCCGUUGAAUCGGCCCGCAACAAGGCAUCCGAGGCUAUUGGCGCCGUCAGGGCGGACGGGGUAGCUGUCGCUCAGGACCUGCUGCGCACUCCAUACAUGAGGGCAGCUCUGCCCUUCAUCAACGGUGGCAUCAGCGGCAUGGUGGCUACAUCUGUCAUCCAGCCUGUCGAUAUGAUUAAAGUCAGAAUUCAGCUUGCGGGCGAGGGCACUUCUGGCGGACCCAAAGCAACCCCCUUGUCGGUCACGAGGCAUAUUAUCGCCAGUGGUAAGGUUCUUGACCUAUACACGGGUUUAUCCGCAGGUCUUCUGCGACAAGCCGUUUACACCACCGCACGCUUGGGAUUUUUCGACACCUUCAUUGCAUCUUUGGCAGAGAGAGCGAAAUCCCAAGGGCGAGAGAUUAGUUUCGCAGACCGAGCCACUGCCGGUUUAGCCGCGGGCGGUUUGGCCGCCAUGAUUGGAAACCCGGCAGAUUUGGCACUCAUUCGGAUGCAAAGCGAUGGCUUGAAGCCACUGUCGGAGCGGAAAAACUACAAGUCUGUAAUUGAUGCUUUGACUUCCAUCGCCAGGAGUGAAGGGAUUGGUGCCCUGUGGGCUGGUGCGGCACCGACCGUUGCGCGCGCCAUGGCCCUUAACUUUGGGCAGCUUGCCUUCUUUAGCGAGGCAAAGGUGCAACUCAAGAAGAAUACUGACCUAUCCGCCCGGGCUCAAACUCUCAGUGCCAGCGCCAUCGCUGGUUUCUUCGCCAGCUUCUUCAGUUUACCUUUUGAUUUUGUCAAGACUCGACUGCAGAAGCAACAAAAGGGUCCUGAGGGAAAGCUUCCCUACAAGGGUAUGAUGGACUGUUUCGCCAAGGUGGCCAAGCAAGAGGGACUGUUGAGAUUCUAUCGUGGCUUCGGUACAUAUUAUAUCCGAAUUGCUCCACACGCUAUGGUAACACUAAUUGUUGCUGAUUAUCUUGGCUGGUUAACGAAAUAA